AUGAUCGGGAUGUGGUCUGAGAGGUUGUGGGACCUUUGUAAAACCACUUUGUUAUUUUUCCUUAUUGCCAUUGGUGUGCAAGCGCUUUUGAGUGUACUAAUAACAUGGGCUUUCCGUUUCACUGACGCUCCCGUAGAGAAAUUUUCAUUUAGGAUAUUUGGUAAAUCGAUCAAAGCGUUUCGGUUAAGAACCUCCUCCUUCGAUUUAAAGAUCGGUAAUAUUCAUUUCAGCAUAGGUAGGAAAUUAGGCCUAUUCUUAGAGGAUGUGAGUGUAGAAUUGCGUGAAACGAAAGGAAAUGCCCAGAACUCUUCAAAAAAGAAACCGGAUAAAUCUUCAUCAUCGUUCCUAACUGGUGACAAGAUACAGUUUACAAUUGGGAGUGGAAUGCUGACAGUUUUAAGAUGGAUGUUACCUUUUAGAAUAUAUGUGAAAAACCUAGUAACAAUGAAAUAUGAUGGAACUACCCUUAGGGCGGAACUGGCCUCGAUGGCAAUUGCCAAAUUCUCAGAUAAAAAACUUAAUGCAGAGGUGUUUUUGCAUGCAGCUACUCAUUUGGAAAGUGGCGCCAGCAUUCAUCAUAUUGGGUACGAAUUUAAGGUAAGACUGGAUCAAUCUAGGGAUGAAUGUACGGACAAGAUGUUGGUUAUUAUACAGAAUUGGUCCUCAUACUUGAGGGUUAGCGGAGUUCAUAUUAGAGUACCCAGUUUAUUAGAUCCAUAUGCUCCAAAUGACAGUGACAGUAGUAAAGGUUCGAAUGGUGACAGGUUGGAAAAGUUCUUAGAAACAUCAGGAAAUUUACUCAAAAAGUUUAGAGCUCCCGUUGAGACCGUAAAAGUUGUUGAUAUCAAGAUUGAAAAUAUUAUGGUAGAAUAUGAAAAUAAUGCCGUAAUUACUAUCUCCAAUUUGCAACUCUUAUUAGAAUUUGUUAGUGUCUACAGUUAUGGUAUGAAUUUGGAAUUUCUGCCUUCCAAAAAAUAUCUUCACAGGGACCUUCAAUUGUCUAUAACUGCGAAUUCGAUGGUAGCGGAAGCAGAUGAUGUUUCCAUUGUUAGGAUUCCCCUUAUCAAUGCCAUUAUUGCUACAGAUUGCAUUUCUAAAUUAUUCCAGGGAGUUCCCUUGACAAAGGCGAAGGUUUUGAACACAUUCAAUGUUAUUGAUCCUACUGUAGUCGUCACGAUGGACCAACUUUUGGCAAUACUGACCUUCAUCAAUGGAUACAAGGCAGCUAAGGCAAGUAAAAUUGCUACUCGAGAGGGCGAGGAGGAUAAUUAUGAUGAUGCUGUAGAUGAUAAUGAUGAUAACGAUAAUGGUGUUGAACUCGAAUACAGUGAUACCGGCAUUGAUGAAGAGAAGAAUUUCCAAACACAAAAGGAGAGAACCGUUGAGGUGUUGAAACAAAAAUUAAGAAUUGUUCCCAAUAUUAUGUUAGAGUUCAAUAUUUCCAACUUCAGCGCUACUUUGCAACUAUCAGAAAGAGAUAAUUUAAUCUUUAAAAUAUACAACGUUCAGUUCUUGGGGUACCAUCAAAAUGAGAAUAUGACUUUCAUUCCGGAUUCGACUAUCAACGAUACCUUCUCAAGACCAGAACUAGCAUACUUGGAGAGGGAUCCAUUCAUGGAAAAUUUGACGAACUAUUUAAAGAUUGUCGGGGCUACCUUGACUUUUCUUAGUUUACCAGAUGAAGGGGAAUAUAAUGCACUAUCAAUACCAAUAUGUGGGUUUGAAAGGUUUGAUUCUUUCAUGGAUGAAGUUACGGAUUUUUCAUUUAAUAUCCAUAGUACACUAAGACAUUUCAGUUUUACGUUGGACAGUUUUGACGUCUUUAACAAGAUAAGCGAAGCCUUGAUAGAAAUAUGGCUUGUCAAGCAAGAGGGCGAUAAAAUUCAAUCGAAGGGGACAGAGGGGCAACAAAGAACAUUGAAGGGCCCUUCCCUCGUUUUUGAUUGGUCAUUGAAGAUGCGAUUCAAGGAUGUGUCAUUUUCCAUGUUGUUGGCUGGCUUUCUGCCACGAUAUUUGGAUCCCAUAGAAUUGAAUGGUAUGAACCUUUCAGAUUUUGGUAGAGGUUGUAUCUUCCUGGUUAAUGAAGCUUUUUUGAAUCUGGGACCUAAGCAAAAGGACUGCCACAUUUUAGAUUCUUCAUUGAUCCGUAUCAUUGAGAACCCACGAGGACCACAGCUAACAGAUACUAUAGUCAAGUUUAGAGAUUUGAAGUUUACUACAAAUUGGGACAAAGAAACUUCUUUGACACUACCAUGUAUUCAUCUUAAAUUGGACGUCAAUAUUAUAUGGUUCGUUUUUUUCGUUCGCAGUGUAUUUGAUCACCACUUCUUACGGUUUAAACAAAAUGGAGAUACUUCUGUAGAGAAAGUGCAGUCGAAACCAGUGAAAAAGUCACGGAAGUUCGACUUAAAACUGGAUAAAAUCACUAUUGAACUCACUUUGCCACAAAACACUCCACUACUGCUUUCUUUUACGGGCAUUUCAUUUGCCGCGGAGAAUCGUGUGCUCAAGGUCUCCUCCCUCUCAGCGUUGGUAAAGUCAGUAUAUGUGAAAAAAUUCGACGUACAUAUACCCUUGAUGGAUAUUCGGGACUUUGAAAUUGAUUUAAGUGGUAUUCAAAAGAAAUCGUUUAGCAUUGCGACAUCUGAAGUUCAUUUCCAUACUGAAUACCACUUCAGGUUUUACGUGAUCGUGGAUAAUAUUAUUAGUUUCUUCAAAUCAAUCAAACAAAUACAUUUGGCUUUUAGAAAUCUCGCUGAUUUCCAUAAAUUAUACCCAUCUCAAAUGAUGCCCAGAAAGCUGCCUUCAUUGCAGUUCUUCACAAAGAAAUUUUGCGUCGAAGUGAAAGAUGAUCCCUUUGAGCAAGAGCUGGGGUUAAUUUUUAAAGUUGGAGUUUUGGAACAGAAAGAGAGACUGGAAAAACUUAAGGAGUUUGAAUUACUGAAGGGAGACUAUCUGACACCAUCACAGAUAGAUAGUGUUCGUGAAAACAGUUGGAUUCGGAAAGCCAGACAGAGGUUGUUGGAGAAUUUCUCUACUUCUUGGAUCAGUAGGUAUCGUGAGGCUAGCAUAAGCUUCUAUGGCAUGCCCCCUCGUAUCGCUAAGCAUCAAGACAUUGAGAGCACUUAUUAUCUCUUCUCUGAAGAUGUUGGUUCCAAGGUCGCUGGUUUGACUGUUGAAAAUGUGGAUAUCAGCUUGGAACCGCCAUCAUUUCCGUUGGAUAAAUACGCGGAUUUUAUCUACCACUACGGUAAGAAAGUCCCCAAAGAUACUGCCUAUACUCUUUUAUUGAUGGCCCAUUUGGCCAUAAAGACGGAUCUUUGGGAACUUAGAAUGAGAGACUAUCCAUUGCCUGCAAUUUCAUUCCCCAAUACAUUUACCAAAGGUGACGUCGUUUUGGGGGAACGAAUGCCAGAUGAUUACUCUUUGAGAACAGUUUAUGUUCCGUUCGUUCCUGCCGCAGAUACCAUUGAACAUCGUACCGUUGAUUCCAUUUACGGCACACACGUAAUAAGGACGCUAAAUUCGGUUAAGGUAUAUUUUAACAUUACAUCCAGUGUCCAUUCUACCAUUCCAGCAACUAUUACCUGGGGUAAAUCACUACAACCAGCAUACGAGUCUUUGAUGUUAUGGUUUGACUUUUUGACAAGACCAAAAGAUGACCCUUCUCCAAAAAUUGGGUUUUGGGAUAAAUUCAGAUUUUUACUUCAUGGUAGGUGGAUUUAUGAAUUCUCCGACAUCAGUGGUAUUCAGUUAAACAUUAAAGGUUCUGGAAAUCCCUACAAAAUUGCAGAUGACGGUGCUGGUCUUACCUUCUUUUGGGCUGGUGGAACUGUGCUCCGUCUCCAUGAUACCACGGAUAAUAGGGACUUUUUGGUGAUAGAAUCCAAAAAGUUUCAAUUAGCAGUAAGAGAUUUUACAGAGCCCAAUAAGUUUGAUAAAGUUUACAUGAAUUUAGAUGGAGAGGUUGUUUGGAAAUUAGGACUUGUUUUCGAAGAAGGUGAUAUACAAGACCCUGGUGAAUGUCCUCGUACCGUUCCUUCUAGACCCCACUAUGAUAUUUCACUGAGAAACCCAGCUUAUGCCAAAGAUCUACAGGAUUACGACGCUUAUCGAGGGUUUAGAAGUGCAUUUAUUCAUAUGUCGCUUGGCGUAUACUCAACUAGAAGGGACUCUGUUAAUUGUCUUUACUUGGCACCUCACGCUGUUGCGCAUUUUUUGGAAUGGUGGAAUUUGUUCCAUACAUAUACUUCAGGGCCUAUUAGACAAGGACCACUUUUUAAUGUAUUUGAACCAGACACUGCAAAGUUCGGUAGAUCUUUAUUCACUGUCAAAUAUCAAUUAUCUCUAACACCGUUGGUUUUCACUCAUGCGUAUAGACACUACUCUGACUUAGGUGAAGGUAGCAAUAUUAGUUUUACUGGUCUUAAAGGUAAAUUGAAAACUUUGAAGAUAGAUUUGCAUCAAAAGAGAGUGAAACUUUUGCAUACAAAUGAGAGAUUGAAGAAAUCUAAGGCAAUUUGGAGUUUUAAGAUGUCUAAGGGAGAGAUCGAUUGCACAGAGGCGGAUAUAAGGAUUUUGACCACCUCGUUCAAGCAGCCUGAAGUUGAAAAAGAAGCUGUGCCUGAAGUUGCAGAAGAAGUUGAGGACUUUCCGUCAGGUCAAGAUCAAGGGGGUGCUUCGAUGCAUACUUUCGAAUUGGAAGAUACUGCAUGGUUUGACUUGGAGGAUUACGUUGAUUUGGAUCAAGUGACCCUUGAGUCUACUCAACCCUUAAGUUUAGAAGCUAUACCAUUAAUGUAUUCUCCAAGAAUAUCCUACUUCAGGAAGAUAAACGAUUCUGGUUAUUUUGUAAAAUAUCCAUUUGGAGAAGAAAAUUCUCACAAGUGUCUGAUGGGUAAAGAUGAUUCUGAAAGUACUCAAAAACGUUUGGUUAUUGACAGACAUAAGGAAAUUGAGCAAGAAAUAAAUGCAAUUACUUCUAAACUAGAGGAAAUGACAGGGGAAAGUGGUAACUUACAGACAUACCAUACGCAGUAUCAAUAUCUCUCUCAAAAGCUUCACAAAGCGAAGCAUAGGUUAUUUAUAAUUGAGAACAUCCUCGAUGACUUGAGAAAUUCAGCAAAAGAGUCUCGUUUGUUCCGUGGUGAUGAGGAUGAUGAAGCAUCUAAGUUGAGCCGUUCCCGUUCUCAAUAUAGUAAUCUUGAUGAAGAGAAUAAUUACUGGUCUGAUCCCGCCUUAGUGAGGUUGCAUACUAUUGAAACAUUUAGAACAAUGAGACGUGAGUCUUGUUUACAAAUGGAUUCAAGCUAUGAUAAUAGAUUUUUUGUUCACAAUAUUCAAUUUAAAGUCAACAAAAAAGUUCGUCAUAACUUGAUGGAAUAUUUCACAAGUGCCUUUGAAAGGAAAUCCAUGAAAUUUUUCCUGACUUACAAAUCUGUCACUCUACUCAACGAACUAUUGGGUACAGCAAUCUCCAAUACUACUUCUUCCAUAAGCCAGAAUCCCCCAGAUCUAGAUGCUAUAGUUUCGAAUUCGGAAUUUAUGGAACGCUUUGAAGAGCUUAUUAGGGAAGUUCCAAGUAGCCUGCUGGAUUAUUUGGAUAGUUAUCUAAUUCGAUUGAUUUCACCACAAUUACAAAUUAUGUCUGAAAAUGAACCCAAUGUAGCGGCACUACUAUCUGCUAGGGAUAUUGAAGUUGGAAUCAUUGAUGUCAUUCAAGCGUUGGAUGAAUCAGGUGAUAAAAUGGUUAUGGACGUUAACACACUUGUUGAAACAAGGGUGUGUGUUAUUUCAAAGGACAUCCAAGUUUUCACUCUUCUAAAAAAUGAUGUUUUAGCAAAUGGAGGUGAAGGUGUUUAUAAAAACGGUUAUGGUGUCAGAGAUAAGGCUAAGUUAUGGCCACCAUGGAUCCCAAUGGAGGUUUGUUUUGAUGGAUCGCUUCUAGAAGAACAUGUUUUCUUAAGAAGAAAGUCCAUGUUCUUUACGUACACAAUCCCCAAUCCUCUGUUUUUCUCGGAUAAGGAAAUUCCAGGAUUGUCCAGCAGUCCUACGUUCAGAAUUGGUUUCCCUGGGUUACUCAUUACUUCAACAUCACAGCAGUACUGUGCGAUUUAUAAUAUUGUGGAAGAUCUUCUAGACUUUGGUGCUACUUUAGAGGAAAAAGUGGCCAAAUUGGCCAAUGUUAUGUUAGCUGAAGAAGUGAAAUACAAUUUGCAGAAAUUAGAUACAUCAGUGGUAACGAAUCUACAGAGGAGAGUUAAAGAGCAGUAUUAUACUCGUGAAUUUUUGAAGCUUCAUGAUGCUGCUACUUUUAGAAAGACUUCAAAACUUUUAACUCUUGAGAUUCGAACUACUCUGUUGGAACUUUUUAUCAUUAUGACUGCCAUCAAGAAAAACUAUGAUAAUUUAGUUAAAAGCCAUAGGGCAGGUAGAAGUAGGUUAGAAUGGCGUGUAGCUGCUGACGAGUUAAUUUGGCAGAUGUUCGAUGAUAAAAAGAAACCAUUUACGACAAUUGCUUUGAGUUCAUCGACUUUCGUCCGUCAUGAGGCUCUAGAUGGUACUAACACUAAUACUGUAUCUCUAUCAUCGGUUCAUGUUUUCAAUCAGCAGGAAAAUCCAACUUACGUUGAAAUUGUAGUACCUUUCGAUUCCCAUCCUCGUUAUUCGAAAGAUGUACCCAUGGUGGAAAUUUCGUGGAAAUUGGGACCCCCAGUAGGUGGUAUUGGUGAUCUACAAAAGAUGGUGGUUAAUUUACAACCUAUUAGGUUUAAGAUAGAUCAUAUUACCUCUGAAAAGUUUCUCAAUUAUUUAUUCCCAAAGAAUGAUCGGAAUAUUGCUCCUACAAAUACAGCUGUUUCUUCCAAUGUUUCAGCCAAUCUGAGUCCUGCUCGUUUAAAGCGGAAUUUGAAUGAAAUGUCUUUCAGACAAACUGCUAUGUCUACGGUGCUGGAUAUACACGGUAAUUUACGCAGUCACUCUCCAACUGGUGAUUCUUUUGGUAAUGUUGGCGCUAACAGUGGUGGUGGUAGUGACGGUGAUUCGAUAGAAGUGGCCACUUCUCCUAGUGGAUCAGAGGAAUCUAGUAUCGGUAGAAAGGCUUCAAAGAAGAUUGCUACACAAUUGUUCGAUCAGCCAGAUGAGAAUAUAAGCGAGAUGGUUAAAAGAUCAGGUACCUUCUUCAAUGUCGGUUCUGUUCAUAUCCAAAAAUUGAUAAUGUCUGUUUGUUACAAAGGCUCACAUCAUCUUUUUACGGAUGUAGAUAAUUUAACUGUUAGAGUGCCUCAUCUAGACUAUAAGAAUAAAUUAUGGUCUAGAGAUGAAUUUUUGGCAGCUUUGAGAAAAGAUAUUACAAGGGUUGUAUUGGGGCAUUUGGGUAAUAUUAUCGGUAAUAAAUUCAUCCCACAUAAGAAGGAAAAUAAACUAAAGGCAUCUAUGGAUAUUUCACAGUUGUUAAAUUGGGAUAGCAGGGGGCAUGGUUCGAAGGGGGCCCCCAUUGGAAAUAAUCCUUCCUUCGAGGUCUCUGGAGAUAGUAUACCAGAGGAACCUAUCGACGGAGAAGUAGGGAUAGAACCUUUUUCAGGGUAG